UUGGGGUAAGAGGAGUAGUGUUGUUCAUCCAAAAACUCUUCAAAACUUUGUAAAUUUUCCAGUUUUUUCAUGUCUAAAAACGUUUUAUAAAUGAUUGAAUUGUUUUAAUUUAUUAAUUCUAAAAUUUUUAGAAUUUAUGCUUCAAUUAUGUCAUCAAACUAGGGAAUUACAUAAUCCCAUUAUGAUUUCUACAAGUGAUCCAGGCGUAUUAAAUGAUUCUAUUUUUAAAGCAUUCUUAAAUUUAUUCGAUAAAUGUGACACUGGGAAAUCAAACGUUGUUCAAAAGACUGAUCUUGUUAAAGUCAUUUCAUCAUCAGCGGGUGACCAAAACCCCAACAUUGAAGACAUAAUAGAAAACAUUCUUGGACUGCAAGAUGACAACCAGUUGAUUACAAAAAAUGAAUUCAUCAGAAAAAUUGAGAAAUAUAUCGAUAGCAAUCAGGAAUGUGUCGGAACUCCCAAAGAGCAAGUUACCACUGAUUACUUCUAUUAUUCACCUCACCACUGCUCGACACCAAGUGACAGUUCGUCGAACGAAUUGAAGAGAUUGGAAACAAUCUGUGAUGACUUGACGGUGCAAGUUCAAAACGCCGAGGAACAGAACACAAAACUCAGACAUGAGAAUUAUCUGCUCAGUACCAGCUACAAUCAGCUGUCGAUCCGUAGCAGAGAACAGCAACAGCUGUUGGACGAGCUGCAGCUGGAUGUGACAAAGAGGGAGACUCGCUGUUCGACUCUGCAGCGCCGGCUGGCCGACUGCGAGCAGCUGUUGGAGAAGGAGCGAGAGAGAGGUCACGAGCUGCAGGCCACUGUGAAGAGAAAGAGCGACGAUCUUGCCGCUGUUGUGGCGGUGUUGAAGGGGGCGCAAAAGGAGAACGAUGAACGGAGAGGGGAGAUGGUCGAACUGGAGAGAAAGUUGGAACUGAAGGAAGACGAAUGCGCGGCUUGCUGUAAGAAACUGUCUGACCUUGAGAGCGUUUUUGAGAGUGAGAUGGUCGACUGCCUGGAGAAGAUAGAGACUCUCGAGAAGAGAAAUCAUUUUCUCGAAGUGGAAAUGAUACAGGCCUUGAAUAGAAUUGAGGAGCUGGAAGGUUUGAACAAGGAUUUAGAAAUAAAACAUAGAAUCCUGGAGGAUUCAACUGCACUGAAUGUUGGAGAACCUUGUUUUGAAUCGACUGUCACUGAAAAUGAGAUCAAUGAAGAAUCUUGUGAAAUGGACACUCAUGAGGUUGAUCACGUAAAACCUUCGACAGGAGAUAGUGGAUGCUUCGACACGUUACCUUCUCUCAGAGACGAAAUUGAAGCUGUGGGUGAAAGCGUUGAUACAUUUGUGUCUUUUGAGGAGUUUGUAAAUCAGGAACAGUCAGAUCUUGCUAAUCUUUAUAAAAUCAACGAUCAGCAGAAAACUAUUGAUUCCCUGACAGAAUUGGUAGCAACAGAACGGCAGAAUAACAAAUUGAGUAGUGAAGAAUUGGAAAAGUGUAAAAGGGAAUUGUGUAAAUUUCAAGAGACCGUUGAAAUUCUGAAACAAGAAAAGCAAAGACUGGAAGAUGAGUGGAAAAUUUAUAAGUUGCGACAGGCAGAAAGUACCAGUCAGACUAAGAAGGAAAUUUUGAAACCUGCUGAAAGUUGUACAACAGUUGCAACUCUAGACCCGAAGUUUCGGGACAACAUUAAAAUGCAGCAACUAACCAUUCAGAAAUUGGUUGGCAAGAUUUCAAAGCUACGCUCCGAAGUUGUGAGCGAGCCAAAGUACAAGGACCUCAAUCCGACAUCGAAAAUUAUUGUAGAUGGCAGAAUAAACGAUACACAGAAAACUACCUUGCAAAUUUUAGAAAGUGAAGUUGAUUCAAAUGAAGAUGAAAUUACCGAUGUGGCCCUAGUUGUGUAUCAACCUCUAGAUGAAAUGAAGGCAGAUAAUUGCUCAAAAUCGUCCACUAGAAAAAAGCGCAAGAGAACUCCUAGUCGCCUGGGGUCCUACAGCUUUUGUGUGUGUACGUUGUUGACUUUGGCUUGGCUGCUACAGUGGACUCUGAGAGAGAGCGCAGUCAGCUGUCUGUCAUCCUCGCCAUCAGCUGUUGUCCGUCAGCUGAUUUGUCCCUAUGUGCACUUCAGGUGGAAUGAGCCUCCGCCUUUCUGAAGACUGACUCAUCUUCAAUAUUAUGGAAGCAUUCAAUUGUGAUACGACAUUAGACAACGUUUUACUCAUUAACUCACUUCAUAAUCUAAAGACUUUCCUUCAUUAUCAUGAAGGCAUUAGACAAAGUGUUACUUAUCAAGUUACUUAAAAUCUAAUAUCUACCUCCAUUAUCAAUGAUACUUGAUGAUAAAUGUUUAGUAGUUUAAAUCUGUAAUAGUUAAUAUAUUUCUCAAACUAGUGAUUUUUAUAGUUUCCACUUAUCAAUGCAUAGCAAUACUGGAUUAUUGUGUUUUGUUGCUAG